AUGUACGAAGGGAUUGACAACCUGAAAUCCCUUUACGACCGUGCCGGGAAGACUUUCUCCGGCGGUCCUUCUGCGGCACAGGAUGUGUCGCGUCGUACUGCUCGACCAGACCCAGUACGUCAACCAUCAAUUGGGAGCGGGGCUCCCAAGAAUCCCAGGACGGGGGAUAGUCGCGCCACCGGACGAGGUAACUCGUCCGACGUCCGUUCACGUCGCGGUGGUUCAACAGCUGCUCUACUAGAUAGCGCUGGCCACCGCGAGAGUCCUCUAAUGGAGGUGGAGGAGGAGGAAAGACGCUCUCCACACGAUCAUGUGGAUCGGUGUGUUCCCGAGAGCUUCUUUGAUCGCGUAACGCAAGGGUUACGCGACGAUCUCGAGCAUGAGCGGAAUAGGCGUCUCCAGAUGGUGGACACUGCCUCGAAGCAUCGAGCUGAGUUUGCCUUUGCUCAGCUUGAGAACGAGAGAUCUCUGACAUCUUUCGUGACGAGCUAA